GCGGGGCCGGCUGGCGUUCACGUGACUCGGCGUCGCCGGCUCGCUCACGGAAGUGGUCCUACCUUCGCGUUCGGCUGGGGGUCUCCGGGCGCCCUGCGGGGCGGGCAGGCUGGGCCAUCCAGCAGCCGGAGGUCGGGAUGGUGCAGCUGUACAACCUUCACCCGUUCGGGUCACAGCAGGUGGUGCCCUGCAAGCUGGAGCCGGAGCGGUUCUGCGGCGGGGGGCGUGACGCGCUUUUCGUGGCGGCGGGCUGCAAGGUGGAGGCUUUCGCGGUGGCAGGCCAGGAGCUGUGCCAGCCGCGGUGCGCCUUCUCCACGCUGGGCCGGGUGCUGCGCCUGGCCUACAGCGAGGCGGGAGAUUAUUUGGUAGCAAUUGAAGAGAAAAACAAAGCUACAUUUCUACGUGCUUAUGUGAACUGGAGAAAUAAAAGGACUGAAAACUCUCGUGUGUGUAUCCGAAUGAUUGGGCAUAAUGUGGAGGGAGCCUUCAGCAAAGCCUUCAGAGACCAGAUGUACAUUAUUGAAAUGCCGCUUUCGGAGGUCCCCUUGUGCAUUUCCUGCUGCCCUGUGAAAGGAGACCUUCUCGUUGGCUGCGCAAAUAAAUUAGUCUUAUUUAGUUUGAAGUACCAGAUCAUUAAUGAGGAAUUCUCACUGUUGGACUUUGAACGUUCUUUAAUUAUACACAUAGAUAAUAUCACUCCUGUUGAGAUUUCUUUUUGUGUUGGAUAUGUUGCUGUCAUGUCGGACUUAGAAGUCUUAAUCCUAAAACUGGAGCUAGGCCCUAAAAAUGGAGAGAGAGUUCACCACAAUCCACAUAAGACCAACAAUCGAAUGAGACGGACGGAAGAAGGCAUCAGUAAUGAAAAUUCACAGCUUGAGUCAGAUGAUUUUGUUAUCUGCCAGAAGCCCCUGGAACUUCUUGGUGAAAAAAGUGAACAGUCUGGAUUAUCUGUUACACUGGAGUCUACGGGAUUAGCUGAUGAAAAAAAAGAAUAUUCCCACUUUCAGCACCUGCUCUAUAGACGUUUUGCUCCUGAUAUUUCGUCCUAUGUAUUGUCUGAUGACAUCAAGCUACAUUCCCUCCAGCUGCUGCCCAUUUACCAGACUGGUUCUCUUACUUCUGAUGGAAAAAAUUUGUCUCAGGAAAAAGAGUUGCUGAGUCUCUUUUGCUUUUUCUCCUUACCUCAUGUGGGCUAUCUCUACAUGGUUGUGAAAUCUGUUGAAUUGAUGUCAGUCUACCAGUAUCCUGAGAAGUCUCAGCAGGCAGUACUCACGCCACAAUUUUUGCACGUCAUUACAAGUAACAACCUGCAGUGUUUCACUGUACGGUGCAGUGCGGCGACAGCUCGUGAGGAGGACCCGUACAUGGACACCACCCUGAAGGCUUGCCCACCUGUUAGUAUGGAUGUCUGUGCUUUAAGAAUACAGCUUUUCAUAGGCUUGAAAGCCAUCUGUCACUUUAAAAACCACAUCAUACUUUUGACUAAAGCAGACCCUGAGGCCAUUCCAGAGAGAAGACAGUCACCCAAGAGGCUUCUUUCUAGAAAAGAUACCAGUGUUAAGAUCAAAAUACCUCCUGUAGCUGAGGCUGGGUGGAAUUUGUAUAUUGUGAAUACGAUCUCACCAGUGCAACUGUACAAAGAGAUGAUAGACUAUAGCAAUACCUAUAAGACUGUCAAAACCCAGAGCUGCAUUCACCUUCUCAGUGAGGCUCAUCUGUUAGUGCGAGCUGCCCUGAUGGAUGCCAGUCAGCUGGAACCUGGAGAGAAGGCAGAGCUUUUGGAAGCAUUUAAGGAGAGCUGUGGGCACCUUGGGGACUGUUACAGCAGGCUUGACUCCCAGCAUUCGCAUCUCACCUUGCCAUACUAUAAGAUGUCUGGUUUGUCUAUGGCUGAAGUUCUGGCCCGCAUGGACUGGACGGUAGAGGAUGGAUUACAGAAAUACGAGAGGGGAUUAAUCUUUUACAUUAAUCAUUCACUUUAUGAAAACCUGGAUGAAGAAUUAAGUGAAGAAUUAGCAGCAAAAGUGGUUCAGAUGUUUUAUGUGGCUGAGCCAAAGCAAGUGCCCCAUAUUCUCUGUAGUCCUUCUAUGAAGAAUAUUAAUCCUUUAACUGCCAUGAGCUAUCUAAGGAAGCUGGAUACUUCUGGGUUUUCAUCGAUCUUAGUGACAUUGACCAAGGCAGCAGUGGCUCUGAAAAUGGGAGAUCUUGACAUGCACAGAAAUGAAAUGAAAAGCCAUUCAGAGAUGAAGUUGGUAUGUGGCUUCAUUCUGGAACCUCGGCUAUUGAUUCAACAGAGAAAGGGACAGAUUGUUCCAACUGAGCUUGCACUUCACUUAAAGGAGACUCAGCCUGGAUUGCUUGUGGCUUCAGUUCUGGGCUUGCAGAAGAACAACAAAAUUGGAAUUGAAGAAGCAGAUUCCUUUUUUAAGGUGCUUUGUGCUAAGGAUGAAGAUACAACUCCUCAGCUCUUGGUAGACUUUUGGGAAGCUCAGCUAGUGGCAUGUCUCCCAGAUGUGGUACUUCAGGAACUCUUUUUCAAGCUCACAUCCCAGUACAUCUGGAGAUUGUCUAAGAGGCAGCCUCCUGACACCACACCAUUGCGAACGUCGGAGGAUCUGAUAAAUGCCUGUAGUCAUUAUGGCUUAAUUUAUCCAUGGGUUCACAUCUUAAUAUCAUCUGAUUCAUUAGCGGAUAAAAAUUAUACAGAAGAUCUUUCAAAAUUACAGUCUCUUAUAUGUGGUCCUUCAUUUGACAUAGCUUCCAUUAUUCCGUUCUUGGAGCCGCUUUCAGAAGACACUAUUGCCGGCCUUAGUGUCCAUGUUCUGUGUCGUACACGCUUGAAAGAGUAUGAACAGUGCAUAGACAUACUGUUAGAGAGAUGCCCAGAGGCAGUCAUUCCAUAUGCUAAUCAUGAACUGAAAGAAGAGAACCGGACUCUGUGGUGGAAAAAACUGCUACCUGAACUUUGUCGGAGAAUAAAAUGUGGUGGAGAGAAGUAUCAGCUCUACCUGUCAUCAUUAAAAGAAACAUUGUCAAUUGUUGCUGUGGAACUAGAACUGAAGGAUUUCAUGAAUGUUCUCCCAGAAGAUGGUACUGCAGCAUUUUUCUUGCCAUAUCUUCUCUAUUGCAGUCGAAAGAAAUCAUUGACUUAAAGGUAUCAUUUGAAAAAUACCAUAAUGGCAUUUGAGACUGAAUUUCUAAAAAUUGAAUGCCAAAGUACAAGUAGAGGAGUUUUUUACUUUAUAUAUAUCACACACACACACAUUUAUGAUGCAGAUGUUUUCAGGCUGCUUACCUUACCAUGUAGUGGUAACUAUUCAUUUCUUAACUUAUGACCUCAAUCAAUUUAAUUGUCUAGAAUGUAAAAAGUGUUUAAGACAUAAGAAUUCCUCAGAGAAGCCAUAUAUUUUUUAAGGUGGGGAUUGACUUUUAUUCCAAGGAACAACAUCAGUUCGCUGCUGUUGGAGACAUGACAAUCAUUUUCAUCCCAAGAACACUUUAAGGAAACAUUUUGCAAGUAUGCUUGAAAGAAUGUCACUAACUGGUCCAGAAUUUUAUAUUCUUGAUUUUUCCAGAUUUCUCUAUGUUUUUGAGAAAGAUGUUAAUGUUUUGCCAUGGUAAAAAAUUUCAAACCUCAUUUUUUUUGUUCCUUUUCUUGUUACUUUAAGAAAACUCAUGCUCUGUUUCUCUGAAUCAAAUGAAGAAGUUUACAGAGCUAACUUUGUUCUUGUCUAGCUAUUAACAUUAUUUGUCAAAUGCAUGUUUUUUUUCAGCCAAAGCCUUGUUUCCAUUUUUUGUUGAUGUGUACUCUUGCUGUUUUAGCUAGAGUGUAUGUGAAAAUAAAGAAAUAUAUCAUUGUAUUCACAACCAUGUGUCUUUAUUUAUAAUUUCUUGUUUAAAAAAUUUUUAGUUCAAGUUUAGUUCAUUGAUAUUAUCCUCUGAAUGCAAUUAAGGUUGGGCAGAAAUUCUACUCACGUGACAUCUGCUACAGGUGUAUUUUGAAGCUUUUCUUCUAAAAUGGCAAUGUUUAUCCUUACCAGGAUUUGAUCUAUAGAAUUGUCUCUCAACUCUACUUUUCAGAGUUGGACGUUCCAGUUAACGUCCUUUAGA